AUGAAAUCGCCGGUGAUGACAGGACCAACAGGCUCCUCGACGGUGCACCGUCGACAACCGUUAUUACGAACAGAAACUACGACGCCGACGACGAUGAUGAAUCACUGUGAAACUCUUCGUAAACGGAAAAGCGAGGUCGCCGGAAGGACAGCGGCGGAGUGCGCGACGGUGUGUUGCUGUCUUCCGUGUGCGAUGAUGCAUUUUCUCAUACUGGCGGCGUACAAAGUUCCGACGGGAUUGUGCCGGAAAAUGUUGAGGAAGAAUAAACAGAAAAAGCUUUUAAAUAACAAUAAUAAGAAGAAUGAAUCCAAAUGCUGCCAAGCUAACGCUGCCGGCGACGUCAAGGAGUCGGAAAAUGUCGAUGUCGUCUUCGUUGCCGGCGGUGGCGGGGAGCCGAUAUCGGCGGGAUCUGAAACGGAGAUGUGGGGUCGGUUUUAUGAGGGUGGAUUUUGGAGGAACCCAUCACAGUAA